CCAAACCGUAUCACAACAAACCCCCUAGCAAUGACGAAAGUUUUCAACCGAUUCCAUUCAAGAUUUGGCAGCAUCUAUCCUUUGUUUCAAGUGAUUGGUCAAUCUUUUGAACCAUUAAGUGAUCAGAAUAUAAGCGUGCUGAAAUUUUUAACCAGACUUGUUGUGUCUUUUUACAUUUUGUUUGAAAUUGUUGCAAUGAUAUACUCGUUGAUAAAUCCAUACAAGCUAUUUUUCGGCACCGAUUCUAUGGGAAUGCUAACAGAUGCAAUCCAGUUUGAAAUACCUACAGUGUUGCCAUUAGUAGUCAUAAUUUUAUCAAUUCACUUUAGGAAGCUUCAAAGAAAAAUUCUAGUGACCAUGGAUGAAAUCGAUGAUAUUUUUGAAAGUCUUACCAGUACAGACCAUUUGAACAGUCAAAAUGAACUGUUUCAAAGUAGUUUUUAUAAAAACUUCUAUCUAAUGAAUAUCACUUGCAUAGCAGUGGAAAUUUUCAUAAUUUCUCGCAUCACAAAGAAUGUUAUUUGGUAUCGUAACUGGUUGAUCAAGUUUCCAAUGUUUGUGCUACAGCGUUUCAACGAUUCUUUUUUCAUACUCCAUGCAAACUAUCUUCAGAACCGAUUCAGCUUUCUUCAUGACACCAUGAGCGAUUGCUUCAGUGAAAAAUUUAACAAGAUUGUUUUUAAGGAAACAAUAACAAGUUUAAGUGUUAAUCGACUUGAUAAGUUGAAAGAUGUCCAUAAUUUGCUUAUGAUGUUAACUUUGGAUAUAAAUCGACGAUUUGGAUAUCAUCUACUGCUGUGCACGACAGGAUUAUUUAUUUGUAUGACAAUCGAUGGGUAUUGGAUUUUUGCUAGUCUCAAUCUUGCCGGGAAUCACUUUUCGGUGGAAUCGUUCAUGUGUGUGCUGCCACCUGUUAUAAACUUUUGUGUACUGUUUUUUGCAUGUGAUAGCUGUGAAAGUGAAGCUCUAGAAACAGGUCGUCAUCUUAGUAUGAUUACUCCAAACGAAUUUGCUUUCAAUGCCUCAGAGAAAAUUCGGCAAUUCUUCUUACAAAUUCAAAACGAACCGCUCAACUUGACUGCUGCUGAAUUUUUCACAUUGAAUUUGAAUUCUUUGGCGUCGACUUUUGCAGCCGUGGCCACAUUUUUAGUGAUUUAUGUACAGUUCUUGCCAAACAACGAUUCUUUCGCUGAUUAUAACAAAGAGUUUAAUAUAACAGAGUAAAUGUAAUCAUAAUUUAUUUGGUACACAUUUGAGACAUACAAAGAUAAUAAGUACAACAGCGGAAAAUUUGA